AUGCCAGUCGUCAGGAUGCUGAGGCAGGUGAUGGGCCCAGGGGCGCAGCGCCCAGCCUGUGGCUGUUGGGCACCUGGCCCGCCAGCACGGUUCCUGGGCAUCUCGCCUCGGCAAAUUCUAGCAGAUGCCAGCUUCCACUUCGCCUCUUUCUCUGAAACAGACCAUCCACGAGUCUUAAUUACAGGGGGCCUUGGCCAGCUGGGAGUGGGGCUUGCUAACCUUUUGAGGAAACGAUUUGGGAAGGACAAUGUGAUUUUGUCCGACAUAAGGAAACCCCCCGAUCACGUCUUCCAUAGUGGCCCAUUUAUUUAUUCCGACAUCUUGGAUUACAAGAAUCUCCGCGAGAUCGUGGUGAACAACCGCGUCACCUGGCUGUUUCACUACAGCGCUUUGCUCAGUGCGGUGGGAGAAGCCAACGUACCCUUGGCGAGAGCUGUGAAUAUAACAGGGUUGCAUAAUAUUCUGGACACUGCCGCAGAGCACAACGUGCGGCUGUUCGUGCCCAGCACGAUCGGGGCUUUUGGACCCACCUCUCCCCGGAACCCAACCCCUGACGUCUGCAUUCAGAGGCCCAGGACCAUCUACGGGGUGUCGAAGGUCCACGCGGAGCUCAUGGGAGAAUAUUAUCAUUACCGGUACGGAUUAGAUUUCCGAUGCCUGCGAUAUCCUGGAAUCAUUUCAGCUAACUCCCAACCUGGAGGAGGGACAACUGACUAUGCAGUCCAGAUUUUCCAUGAUGCUGUGAAGCAUGGCAAAUUCGAGUGCAACCUGGAAGCUAGCACGAGGCUCCCCAUGAUGUACAUUGACGACUGCCUCAGGGCCACCCUGGAAGUCAUGGAGGCCCCGGCAGAAUCUCUCUCCAUGAGGACCUACAACAUCAACGCCAUGAGCUUCACCCCUGAGGAGCUGGCCCAGGAGGUUCUCAAGCACGUGCCGGAAUUCCAGAUCACGUACAACGUGGAUGCUGUUCGUCAGGCCAUAGCGGAUAGUUGGCCGAUGAACUUUGACGACGGCAACGCUCGAAAGGACUGGGGGUGGAAACACGACUUCGACCUUCCAGAGUUGGUGACCACGAUGUUGAACUCAGGUUCCGACGCCAGAGUGGCCCAGGCCAACUGA